AUGGAUUCAUCUCAUUCAGUACAUCCACAAUCCUUUGCAGUACCAGGACAUUUUACUGGGGGAUUGCUUGCUAUACAGUUACCAGAAAUUAAAAAUGAUGAUUUUGUGUUGAAGAAAACUCAAUAUAAAAUUCAAAUUGAUUAUGAAACAAAUAAGUUAUCACCUGCGUUAUAUUGGCUGUCACCUGCACAAACUGCCAGUGGUACACAUCCCUUUCUAUUGUCUAAUAACAAGUUCAUAUUUGCUAGAUCAGUAUUUCCCUGCCAAGAUACACCAUCUGUCAAAUUUACGUACAGUGCUACGAUUACAGUGCCAAAAGAUUUUACAGUUCUAAUGCCCGCACUUUUAAGUGAAUCUAUAUAUUCGACGUUUAAUCGAUAUAAAUUCCUUCAAACGCAUCCUGUAGCAUCUUACGCGGUAAUUAUUGCUGUGGGUUCACUACAGAAAAGACGUAUUAAUUCUCAAACCAAUGUGUUUGCCGAAAACAGGUUUAUUAAUGAAGCUGUCAAAACGUUUCAUACAGAUAUAAUUGAAAACAUGCUGAAGAUUGCUGAACAUUUUUGUGGACCUUACUGUUGGGAUACUAGGAGCGAUACUAAAGCGAGAAGUAAAUAA